UGAUUAUAAUAUUUUAUUUGAAAUCAAAUAUUUAUUCUAUCAUUAUUUAUUUUGUAUCUAACGAUGUAUGAUUAAUGUUUAUAUGGAAGAAYUGCCUGUGAUAUUAGAUCAUCUGAAAUCUACCGUAGAAUGUUUGUCUAUGUCCGCUCAAACCAAUACUUGGGAAGUAUGUGGUGGCCUAGAUCGAUUACAUUCAAUUAUGAUGAAUAUUUUUAGUCAUGGAUGUAUAGCGAUAAAUUCAAACGCUGAAGAUGUUGUUUGGAAUUUUAUCCAAGGAAUCAAUUGGUUGCACCCAACAAUAGCAUCAUUAUACACAUUGUCUAGAAAUACAUGCCCUAAAAAUGAAAAUUUGGAUAAAUYAUCAUUAUGGAUAUAUAAAAG